AUGGACAGCCUUCCAGCACCUUUCACCAUCGAAAUCAAUGGCAGUCCGAUCGCCAAGGUCGACGCCAACGCCGAAGACCGUACGCAUGCCAAAACGGGAAAAGAAGCAGCUGUUUUUGAGCUUAAAGACAGUCGUCUUCAAUGUAACGGUCACAUUCUCGGACGGUCGCUGGUAGAGGAUCGCAGCUUCCUGCCAAAGCAAGUGUGGUGGUUCAAGGCAGACACUGAUAUGCCCGUGCAAAAAGUUACUGCAAGCCAGGAUGGCGAUUCGUACCAGUUGAAGUUUGCCAAUGCUGCAUUGAUGGCAGAGGAUGAUGGGGUCUUCGCAGAUCUUCUUGGGGAUCGUCCAUCUACAGUGGUAGUGAAGCUGCAGUCUUAG